AUGUUCCAGAUGGACGGAGUGGUAUCCACGCCAGCGCGAAACACUGAGAGUUGGACGGAUGAGGAUAGCGAUGGAAAGUCGCUGUGGUUCCGUCGUGAUGGUUUAACAGCUGUAAUUGAAGUUCGUUUGAUGGCACGGACGAAGAAUCCGCCAGUAAGCUUGAUUCUGCCGUUGGACAAUUGCUUCGAGGUGCGUAUUUUGCGAGUCGACAAUGCCGCUGGAUGUGUCUUCGUGCGACCUGUGGAAGAGGAAAAUCUCUUUCAUGAAUUGCAAGCGCAACUCGCCAGCUGGUCACCAAAAUGGGCUGUGCCCAUCGACAUCGAAUUUUUGAACGAAGGUACCAUCUUUAUGAUUUGUUCCGGCAGUUUUUUGUGCGCGUUUUGUAUCGACGAAAGCGAUCGACUGAAGAAUGCUUGGGAUAUUAUUCUUCGAUUAAAACUGAUGGUGCGUUUAGAAAAGAUUUACCUGGCAUCAGAUGGCGACGAAGUAUUUCGUGGGGCGCUGAUUGGUCAGCCAUUGGACAAAAGCCUGCUUUAUGGGAUCGAUAUAGGACAGACAAGAUUUGUGGACAAAGAGAAUAUCUGCGGACUGCCCGCACAGCUACAGCCAAUUCCUCCGCUUUGUUUCUGUGGUUUGCUGCCUACCGGUGCCACAAGUGAGGAAGUGAUCGAGCUUUCUAUGUUGGACAUUGAAAGCACCUAUUUGUGCAAAAUUUACAAGAUGCUUCCGCCAUUUUUCAUGGAUCAUCCGACAAGUACCAUGCCACCAGUCCUAUUUAUUCAGCUUUACAAGCUCACAGGCGAGAAAAACAAAUACGUCGAAGUCGUGUUCAGUGAAAGGCACAAUAUGGUGGCUGCUGCUAUCGAGCAGCUAUUCGCCGAACAUAUGGCUUUCCACAAUAGUUUGAUGGCUCCAGAAAUAUGUGGACAACAGUUUGAGGAAGAAACAGCGAAUGCAUUUCAGGAACCAUCUCAGUCUUUGAAUGACGUGCAGGCAAAUGGCGAUGGUUCAUCAGUUGAACUAAAAGAUUUUCAAUUCAAGCAGUUUAGUGCCGUUGUACCGUGUCAGGUGAAAGCGAUUGUGACGGAACGAAUCCGAUACGAUAUGUACUGGAUGCGAGAUUUAGAAAUUUUAUCGAACGUCUUCGAGAGCAUGGUGAAUCCGGUGGAACCUUUGGCAAAUAACAGUUACAAAGGUGAAGUGAGCUGCAUAGUGCGCCUGGCAAGACCGUUUCGCUCGAAGCACGUACUCGAUCGCUUUUGUGUCUACCGGUAA